AUGCUAUUUAACAAAGAUGCCGACAAGGAAAAGAUUGAGUUUCGGCUUCGUAGCGACUCCAAGAAGAUGCCCAAUCUGCACGACCUCGGCCGGCUGCUCGGACUCUCCAACCGACUGAAAGAGAUGGGUACCUCAUUUACUAGUAAUGGUAAGAUGCAGACGUACGGGAACCCUCCACUGCAUGAAGAUCUCGAGCAGAUGCUACAUGGAGGUGUUGAGUAUGAUGAGCUAUGGCAUGCUUUCUUUAAUGGAAGGAAUCACGUAGUGGAAACCCAACUUUGGCCUAUUCUGCGCGUUCUGAAGAGGAUGCUACAGAACGAAGGUAUCGCGUUCGACGACCACCACACACGACUAGAUUACGGCUCGGCUCUUCCGAAGCUCAUCCGACUAAGCGAUCAGUACGACUUACUACGUGACGAGUGGUUUGAGAAGACUCUGAGCGACAUCCAUCCCGCACUGCGCUGGCACCAGGCUCCGGCACACGUGGGAGUGCCUAUAACACCAACGAUCAAGGGUCGGUUGUUCACCAAGGAUAAACUUCCCGAGAACGAGAUCGCUCGUAAGAAGAGCCGCCGAGCGAAGUGCCUCACGAUAAUUGCGGAGAAGCAGUCAGGCUUGCAUAAAGGACUCGGUCCAACCAUUAGAGAAGCAGAAGACACGUAUCUGUCACCACCGGACAGGCCUGAAGAAAUGGUCAGCACUACUAUCUCGAUACUGACUACAAGCUAUGAACCAGCUUCUGCGUAUCCAGAUGGAUUGACGACGGCUGGACCAUUACUCAUUCAUGGUUCCAGCCCGCUACAAUGUGCCAACACAGCAAGUAUGCUACUCGUAGACGAUGCUGCUGAUACACGGACAAAUAGCACAGAGAGCUCCGCGAACAGAGAGCUCCUCCGCUGCGGGCCACAACAAUGUGGACACGCCGGAGUGUUGGGAUGGUUGGUAGAGGAUGAACGUCGACGUACAGAGAACCGUCAACGGCACGCUGACGAAGAGCAGCAGCGCGCCUACGUGCCGGGUGCAGAAGAGGAGAAGAAUACUUCCAGCAAGAAGAACAAGCGGAGCAAGCGCAUCAGGAAAUGGCUCCGAAUAAUUUUUGGCUUGAAGAAACAUGGUGAGCAGCAAUAA